CGCGACGGGGCGGGACCGCGCCGGGCCGGGCUGCAAGGUGCGGGGCUGGGCUGUGCCGAGCCCAGCUGAGCGGUACCGAGCCGGGGAGCAGCCAGCCGAGCUCAGCCGCACGCUGCCGAGGCACGGAGCCCAUGCCGAGCCGGGCACACGUACCGCUGGUGCCGGGGAGCGGCUGAGGCGGAGCGGGGGGCGGCCGAUGCUUGCUUUGGGGGUCCCAAAGGCCACGGCUCUGCUUUCUCCUCAGAGGCCAAGCCAAAGCAGAGAGAAACCCGGGAUGAAGGUCGUCCUUCUGCUCCUCAUCUUCACCCUCCAAGGGGCAGGAGCCAGCAGCCCUGGGACAGAGGACCUGCGCUUCUGUGGCGACCGAAACCAGACCCAGAACAGCUCCAUCAUCUACGAGCACGGCUCUGCCAGCAUCUCCAUCGAGAACACAGCCCAGGCCCUGAUCAUCAAGAAGCCCUUUAUGCCAAGGAGGAGGAACUCUUCCUAUGAGUACAGCUUGCCCCCAGCCCUGGGCAGGUACCGCUUCUGCCUGUACUGGUUCCAGGGCAACGGGACGCUGCGGCUGGCGUACGGCAAGCAGAGCUUCCUCCUGGGCAAGGACCCGGCCAGCAGCAGCACCCGUGGCAAGGAGAGGACUGGAAGAACCAGCACCCCCAUCUUCAAUGUGUCCUGUAUCUCCAAGGGUGGGAGGAACACCUCCCUGGAGAGUGCAUCCAAGUACAUCUUCCCCGAGCUCUCCGAGGGCCCCACCUGCACUGCUGGGCAGCCCCACAGGCUCAGCCAGCUCGGUCUCAACAGCUCUGUGUGGGAGGAUGAUGUGGAGGAGCAGCUCUCUGCCCUGGCCAGGCUCCUGGCUCAGCCCCCAGUGCCAGCUGCAGGGCCGGUGGCACCACGGCUGCUGCGGCGCAAACUGGCUGAGCUGGAGAAGACACUGGCCCAGGUGGAGCUCGAAGGGCAGAACCAGACCUUUGGCAAAGCCACUGUGCGUGCGACUGUCCUGAGGGUGCAGCCUGCCCAGGCUCCUCAGCACCUGGCUUUUGUGUCCCAAGGAGAGGAAGAUGCUGAUGUCCGUGGGUUUGCAGUGGACCUGCCCAGCAGCCUGUUUGUGGUGGAGGAGGAGGAGGAGGUGGAGCACAGGGUGCUGCUCAUGGAUGUCAGCAGCCAGACCAUGUUCCAGGAUACAAACAGCAGCCACGUCCUGGGUGACAAGGUGGUUGGCAUCUCCCUCGUGGACAAGGUGGUGGCCAACCUCUCUGACCCUGUGGUCCUCACUUUCUUCCACGAUGAGCUGCCGAGCAAUGUGACCCCACUGUGCGUCUUCUGGCAGGAGGACACCUCUGCCAGCUCUGGGGGCUGGGACACCUCUGGUUGCACCACAGUGCCGGGGCCCAGACAGACAGACUGCAGGUGCAACCACCUCACCUACUUUGCUGUGCUGAUGGUGUCCUCCCCAGAGAUCACCUACAUACACAGGGAUUACCUGAGCAUCAUCACCUACAUUGGCUGCCUGAUCUCAGCCUUGGCAUCCAUUUGUACCAUCCUCUUCCUCUACUUCAGAAGCAAACAGCGAGACCAGAUCACGAGCAUGCACAUCCACAUGAACCUACUGGGUGCCAUCUUCCUCCUGGAUGUCACCUUCCUCAUCUCUGAGCACUUGGCCUCCAGCAGCAGUGAGGCUGUCUGCAGAGCUGGGGGGCUGCUCCUGCACUUCUCCCUCCUGAGCUGCCUCACCUGGAUGGGCAUCGAGGGCUACAACCUCUACCGCCUGGUGAUUGAAGUCUUCAACGCCUACCAUGAGCACUUCCUGCUAAAGCUCUGCUUGGUGGGCUGGGGACUGCCCUUCUUCUGUGUGAUGCUGAUCUUCCUGGUGAGCUGGACAAACUACGGCCCCUUCUCCAUCCCCGUCUAUGAAUCCAUCAGUGGCAAAUCCACCAACGCCACCAUAUGCUGGAUCACAAGCCCUUUGAUCCAUAACGUUGUGAACCUGGGCUUCUUCAGCCUGGUGUUCCUCUUCAACUCAGUCAUGCUGGGGGCCAUGCUGAGGGAGAUCCUCCGCCAGAACAAGAAAGGCCACAAGCUCAAGCAUGUCCUGGCUCUCUUUGGGCUCAGCAUCCUGCUGGGCAUCCCCUGGGCACUGGUCUUCUUCUCCUUCACCUCUGGUGUCUUCCGCCUCGUCUCCCUCUACAUCUUCACCAUCAUCAACUCCCUCCAAGGUUUCCUCAUCUUCCUCUGGUACUGGACCAUGGUGCUGCAGGCCAGAAAGUCUCCUGACCCUCAGAGCAGCUCUGACAGCGUCAAACUGCAGCCCAACAGCAGCAGCCAGAGCCACCUGGGCUGAGCCCCUGGCAGAGCAUGGCCAUGCCCAGGGCCAGCACUGGGCUCUUGGCUACUGCAGCUGCCUCACAGGGCUGCUAAAGAGCCCAGGGACCUGCAGCCUCUCGCCUCUGCUGGCCUCCUCCCCAUUUUUCCCACCCCCUCAUGUCCCUGAGGUGCAUCCCUCGGCUUGGCACCCCUGGGGCAGGAUGGGGGGAUGCUCAAGGGGGCACUGGAAAGCAGAAGGGGCAGGGACAGAGUCCCUCCUGCAUCCAGUGUCCCCUCCUAUGCCCUGAGGCCAGGGAUGAUGGAUGGCAAUGCCCUUGGUGGUGGUUGCCAAGGGGGUCUUUCCCUCUAGCCAGAAUAACUGCCCUGCCCCCUCCUCUAGCAGCUGAAAUAGUCUAUUUUUGUUAUUUGGUUGGAUGUAUAUUUUUGGAUGGUGUAGAAGUGGAAGGAUUGUGCCCACACACCAGCCUCGUGCCCAUUAAAGUUGUUCCUGCUUGGAGCACAGGGGGCUCUGACCCCUCUGGCAUCCCACUCCUUA